ACGCAGCAGCGAUGCUCAGUUCAGCCUGGUCACUGUGGUGGUCGUGUACAGUGUUAGAUACACUGGAGCUCUGGAGGAGGACCACUCACUGACCCCACCGCGGAGCUCACAUGAUCUGAGUGCUGGUUAAGGCUUUGCUCUCUUUGCUCGCUCGCCGAUGGGUUGCGGUGGAAGCCGAGCAGAUGCCAUCGAACCGCGCUAUCCGGAGAGCUGGACCAGAGAGACCGAGUCGACAUGGCUCACCAGCACCGAGGCUGAAACGCCUAAUGGCGGCAGCAGCAGCAAGAGCCACGCGGGCUGCGGAGGGGAAAGCGGAGGGGCCUCGAAGGAGAACAGCACGGUGGCAGGCAGAGGCGUAGAGCCUCGAUCUUCUCUCUCUUUCAAAGAGAGGCGGAUGGUGAAUGCAGGCACACAGUGUGGGAAGCAGCCGCUGGCCUCCAGCACCUGCACAAAUCAGCAGAGAAGGUCUCGCCGUGGCUGCCCGGAGCAAACAAAUGACUCAAAGUGGAGAACGUCCAAGGAUGUGACUGUUCCCUCAAAGGAUACUUCAUCAGGCAGUGAGGUGGCCUCACACUCAGCGAUGCCGAACGGCGAGAGUUCAGCCGCACAUGACAAGGACAGCAAUGCAAAGGGGUUCAGUCAAGUUAAAUGAGCUGGUAAUGCAGCCAAGGCAAAGGAAAGUUAAAGACUAAGAUGAUCCCCAGUGUAGAGUCUGACAGGAGGGUUUACUGUGGUGCCUUGAUAAAGUUAAGCCACUUGAAGAAUCCUGUUCAAGUUUGGAGACUGGAAUAUGGUUUAUUUUAGGGGGGGUGUAAUUUAAUUAAUUAACUAAUUAAUUAAUGUUAUGGGCCAGCUGCUUUGCACAUUGUCUCUAAUCAAAUCCAAGGGGCUUGGGCUGAAAAUACUGUGAGUAGCAUGAGGCUGGCUUCGCAACCUGCAUGCAUGAUUAUUUACUCGUUAAUUUAUUUUCCUGGUGGGCUGAAAGGUGGGCGUUAAAUAUUUAGUAUUUAUUCAGUGUCUCCCAGCAAAUCUAGACUGGUUCAUAAUGACAGACAUUGAAAAAUACAGUAGAUCUGAUGUUAUUAUUGUAAUGUUACCUUUGUUUAAUGUCUAUUAAACAUCCAAACUCUUUAAGCAGCCGCA